AUGAGAGGAUCGUGGAGAUCGAAAAAACUAUGGAAAUUGUAAAGGAAGAUUUUCUUUGUAGAAAGCACAUUCAGUUCUUUAAACGAUGCUUAGAAGUACUGCCAUCGCCCUAUAGCUCUUUAGAUACCAGCAGAAUAACUGUGGCAUUCUUUGCUCUUUCUGGUUUGGAUAUAUUGAAUUCACUUGACUCAGUUGAAAAUGACAAAAAUAACAUUAUUGAAUGGAUAUACCAUAACCAAAAGCUUCCUAGUGAAUCUGAUAAUUCAAGUAUAUUUAGAUGCGGUUUCCGGGGAUCAUCAACAACAGCUUGUAACAGAAUGCUCUCACAGGAUGUUUGUGAGUAUGACUGUAGUCAUAUUGCUAUGACUUACACAGCCCUGGCCAGCCUGCUUAUUUUAGGAGAUGAUUUAUCAAGAGUGAAUCGACCAGCCGUAAUUGCAGCUCUGAAGGCCUUACAGCUUCCUGAUGGCAGCUUCCAGCCCACAAUGGAUGGUAGUGAAAAUGACAUGAGGUUUAUCUACUGUGCCUGUUGUAUAAGCUACAUUUUAAAUGACUGGAGUGGAGUGGACAUUCCUCGAGUUGUUCAGUACAUCAAGGAAAGCAGGUCAUAUGAUUUUGGAUUUGGUCAAGGACCUAGCUUGGAAGCUCAUGGUGGGUCCACAUUUUGUGCUUUAGCAUCUCUUGUGUUAAUGGAUCAGCUUGAUUCCUCCUUUGAGGCCAAAGAACUUGAAAGAAUAAAGAGAUGGUGUCUAGUGCGUCAGAAGUCAGGCUUCCAGGGUCGCCCCAAUAAACCAGUUGAUACAUGUUAUUCCUUUUGGGUUGGAGCUUCAUUAGAGUUACUUGGUGCAUUCUCAUGCGUGGAUUUCCCAGCCAAUCGGGAGUACCUUAUUUCAGCCCAAGCAACAGUGACAGGAGGCUUCAGCAAGUGGCCUGGUAACCAUCCUGAUGCUCUGCAUACAUAUUUUGGACUUUGCGGGAUGUCUCUGAUGCAGGAACCUGGCUUAAAUUCAAUUCAUGCAGCAUUGAAUAUUACGCAGAGAGCUGCUAAUCACUUAAAUAAGUUACACAAGCUAAUGAAUAGAUGAUAACUGUUUUGGUAUUUGUUUGUUAUCUAUUUUAUGGAUGCAAAAAUUAGUAAUAAAUUUUUUGAGAACUUGAAAAGUUGGCACACGCACAAAUGGUCAAUUGAAAGGAAAGCCCAUAGUGAAGAUUUCCUGGAAGGGCAUACAUUCUGAGGGGCAGAGAAUGCUCUCAUUUUGGGAAUUGUGAUGAGUGGAUUUACGUGAUAAGCCAAGAAUCAAGAUGUUGAUUGCACUAGGAGCAUUUCUUCCCUAAGUUUCUCUGAAUUUCAAGCAGUUAGUCUCUGAGAGAAAAAUGUUUAAGACAUGGAUGUCACCUUGGCUUAUUCUCCCUGAGGAAUGUGCAACUAAACACUGAGAAGUGAUAUAAGCACACAUACAUGUUAUGACGUUUCCUCGGGCUGUAAAGAGAAUAUUUACCUUUGACACCUAGGGAAGGUCUCAGACAAUUUUUAACUACUUAUUAGUAAAGGCAGUGUAGUGUUUCACGUAAAUUUAGUGACAAAAGUGAUAUAAAAUGUUACUGGAAUUUCAAUCUAGUAGGUGACAUAAUAAUUCUAAUCCAAUGCAUGAUCAUUGCCACUCAAAUAAAUUUUGUUUUAAUGGAUACUUGUCAAAUAACUACUGACACCAGAACAGUUGUUUCUUUAUUUUCAUUUGCGAGAUUCAAUUUGUUACUCUCUUGGCGACUUUCUUGCUAGAAUCUCUGAUAUCAUAACUAAAAAUUGAUAAUCAAUAUUGUUGUUAAAAAUAUGAUUACCGUAUUUAUUACACCCAUUUUGAAAUCACUGGUGGUCCCUGUAAUCUGAUUGGCUCUAAUUGGUGUGAUUUAUUCUUGAAUCCCACCAUUUUUUGCUUUAAAUUGCAUCCUUUUCCCAGCCAAUGAGGAGGCUUCACUAAAAACAAAACAACCAAUCAGAUUUCAAGGUUUACUGAAAAUAACCAAUCACAUUGCAGGGAAAUGAAGGGCAAUGGGUAUCACAAGGCAAAUUUUGCAACUUUUGUUUCCAAAACUCUUAUUACACCAAGAAAACAUUUGAAUCAUGACACAACCAUGCCAUCAGACAACUUGAUGUUCAAAGUCAUUAAGGGUUUUACUUCAUUUAAUCAAUAACAUUUAUCUGUUUCAUAGUGAUUGUUUAGUGCUACAACCUUUGGUUUUUGUGUGUGUGUGUGAGAGAACAUGGCCUGUCCCAGGUGUUUAAUUAGCAAACUGGGGUGAUGUUUGCAGUAGAGUGAAAAAGUAAAGGUGUGGGUAAGGAAUGAGACCUGACCCAAACAUCACUCCUUUUUUCACUGCUCUGCUACUAUUUUGGCAUUAGCUAUUGCACUUUGUUUUAACAACUGAAUGCUAGGAACAGGUUUGUUUAGAGCAUAAUCUAUGACAGAAAUUUUAGAGAUAGUAAAGCAAAUGUAAUGCAUACAGCCAGUGUCUUUUUACUUUAUAUUACAUUGCUUAUCAAUUUUCCUUUAAUAAAUACAUGUAUGAUGCAUUAAGUAAUAAAAUGAUAAUGACAAACAA